AUGACCGGACACAAGCCACCUUCAGGUCAAAUAAAUUCAAAUGGAACAUUAACACCAUUCGAACCUUUCGUUUUACAUAUCGUUGAAGGAAUUAAUAGAGAUUUGACUCUUCUUAACAAGUUUGGUUACCUUAAAAAUAAUGAUUAUGAAGAUAUCGUGGAAAGACUACCGAAAUUAUUUGAACCACAUGCUGCACCACAUACGCCUCCCGGUCCCUCGCCAGUCUCUACAACACCAACACCUGGGAUGGGAUCACCUGGAACAUCUUCGAAAAGGGAUUCAAAGAAUUCUUCUCCAAAGCUUGCAUCCCAGGAACGUACUAUUAAAGAAAGUGAAGGCCAUCCAGAUUUAACUCCAGUACUGUCAGUACAACCCUCGUUACUUCAACAACCUUUGUAUCCCCAAGUCGAAGAUCCC